CCAGCUCAUGUGAGCCGCUCUCGGGAACAACGCAACCUUAUCGACCGCACCAGCUCGGGAGGGAGACGAGCCCCGCAAGGGAGUUCUGCAGGGUGGUGAUUUCUUUUGAGAUUCCUUGUCUCGGCUGGGCUUUUCCAGGGCAAAAGCUGAGGGGUUUUGGCAGUAGUGGUGGAUUGCAGAGCUCGUGUAAGCUUUCGGGGAAGAGAAGCCGGCUUGUUUGUUGGACGCAUGGUGGUGAUGCUACCUGUGAAUCGUGGCUCUCAGAAUAUGAUCUUUGUGAUGAUUUAGUCAUUGGAUGCGUCGUUUUUGUUCGGGGCUUUUGAUUUACUUCUCGCAGGUCCAAGAGCAGGGGAUGACUGUGUUCUGAAUCUCCACCGAUAGCUAGCUGUACCUUCUUAAUACGCUCGCCUUCCCUUUGUAAGCUCAGAAUUGUUGUGUUUGUAGUUCCUUUUGGCUGGAAGGUCUGUCGACGAUAGGCUUGAUCGAGACCAGACUUUGUAGAGAUUACUGCGAAAAAAGAUGCGACCUUUGAGCAGUCUGGGCAUCGGUUUGAGCCUGGUCUCCGGUUGCCUGUUCUUGGCUCUUGUUGCAGAGCUAUACUAUCUGCUUUGGUGGAAGAAGAGGAGUAGCAGAGAGGUCGACCACGAUUCCAGAAGCCCAGCCGGGGAGCUGCUUUAUCUCUGCUGCUGGAGGAAGCCAUCUUCCCUGAGUUCCACAGCGCUCAACCCCCGAGACAUGACCACCUCGGUGGAUGCAGCUGCUUAUUCCGACGAGGGACAACUGCAGCUCCGCUCCGACUCCUCCAGCAAAGAUCUUCUUUUGAAGGCAUUCGGAGGAGAGGACGGUAUGGAGGCAGAGCUCAUGAGGCUCCAUGGCCUCGCAGGCCCUCCCAGGUUUCUCUUCACCAUCAAAGAGGAAACGAAGGAGGAUUUGGAGUCAGAGGACGGGAGGUCGAGAGGGGGAAGGAGCAGGAAAAGUUCCAGAGGGAAGAGCUUGAGCGAGCUGUUUGUUUCUUCGGAUACCCCAUUCUUGACACCUCUCUCUUCCCCUCCUCUCUUCACGCCGCCUCUGACUCCUUUGGAUUGCUACAAACAAAGUGGAUUCAACCCCCUCUUUGAGUCCACAAAGGAAGAAGACUUCAUCAAGGUGUGGUCCUCGCCGCCUCCAAAGUUCAAGUUUCUGAAGGACGCCGAGGAAAAAUUACACAGGAAGAAACUGAUGGAAGAAGCAGGCAAGGUUCACAGGAAUGGUGGGCUGGUUAACAGCACCGCGAGACAGGAGAGUCAUGUUUCUUCUCAUCCGCCUGGUGUCGCCGCCUCACAUCCCACGGGCCCAGAAGAAGAGGAUGGAUCCUUCAUCACCAUAGUGAUAGGAAAGAACAGAGAGAGAGGGCAGCAGCACCAUUCAAGUUCCUCGCAGGUGAUUCCAUUACCUUCUUCUCCUUCGAGCUUCAGACCAGUGCAAGGGAAACGAAGUUCCUCGAUUUGACAAUUGAGUCCUCAUCAACAACCAUACUUUCACAUGCAGUCGGCGAAUUCGGUGACAAGAUAACCUUUUUUUGUUGCUGUUGUUGUUUGAUUUCUCCACUUGUACUUACUAUCGUUGUCUUUGCUUCAAUUCCUUGAUUCUGAAAAGGCGGCUGUGGGGGGGUGGAAGUCAUCAAAACACCUCUUUUCUUGUGAUCCAAUUGACGUUUGAUAUCUGGCCAGUUGCCGAGCACCAGAAAGCUGCACCUUUUCUAUCUGCAUGUCUUCGAGUGCCUGAACUUGUAAUCAUUCCUGUGGUUUGCAGAGAGUUUUGCUAACUCAAUGGCGAUCUUUUUUGUCUGCCA